UCUUCCAAUUCAAACACCCCUGGCUCAAAACACAGAGCAACACCCAACCAAAGGUAAACGCCAACCACCUGCCGGAUUCCGGUCAACAUGAGCAGCCCGCAAGAAGGCACCCCCACCGCCGGUGAGAGGAACUACAGCGGGGUACGUCGCCGGAAAUGGGGGAAAUGGGUGUCGGAGAUCCGUGUCCCGGGAAGCCGGGAACGCCUGUGGCUCGGCUCCUACGCCACCCCGGAGGCUGCGGCGGUGGCCCAUGACACCGCCGUCUUCUUCCUCAGAGGCCCCGAUCAGUCUCACGCUCUCAAUUUCCCCGACCGCGUCGCAAUGUAUACAUGGACCAGCAUGUCGCCUAGAUCAAUACAGAGGGUGGCGUCGAACUCCGGGAUGGCGGUCGAUGCGCAGUUGGUGGUCCGAAGGCCCCAAGUCCAAAUGAAGCCACCAACACAGAGAGCAGAAGUUGGUGCAAUGGAGGGUGUCAAUUGGAGAGAGAGUGGAGAGUAUGGUUUUUAUGAGGGGAGUGAACUUGGAGGAGAUUUAUGCAUUGAAGACAUGGACUUCUUUAUGUAGAAUCUUCAUCAGAAGUUGAUAGCGUUUGACAAGUUGGAUAUGAUGUUCUUUGUCGGGGGAAGAGACUAAGGACUCUCAGGUUAUAGGAGUCCUCCCUCACAUAAGAUUAGUAAUCAGUCCCUGGUUUUUAAGGAGGGAAGAAACCAAUAUUGAAAGGUCUUAUUUUAUCCAGUUCAACCGGAGGGAAAAUGCUAUGAUUUUUGUUAUUUGAAAAAAAAGGUUAUAAUUUUGUUUCCUAUAAAAAAGAAUUGUUGGGGGUUCCACUAUUUUGACCUGAAACAUGACAACUAUCCGUUGGGUUUGGGGAGGAACAAUCUUGAGAUGCUGCUCUUGCUGUUUUUAA